AUGAUGCUCUUCAUUUAUUGGCCUUUGUCCUAUUUUGGCAUCCUGGCCCACCUGACAAAAAGAAAAUGGAAGGCCUAUUUCGCCGAGCAGGUUAGACAGAGCUGGGUCACACUUCUGCUGCACCUGCAAGACCCGAACCCCAAGGUUUCAAUGGAAUGCAGAGCUACGUUUCACUUCGGUGCCCCGUUUUUGGGACUGAAGAGGCUCCAAACAGCAAUUAAUGAACACCUUGAUGGCACAGCCGAGCUGAAGCCUGAAGAGCUCCAGGUGGACAUUUGCAGACACCUUGCCAAAGAGAAUGCAGAGCUCCUGGAGAACUUGUACAAAAUCACCAUCACAUACUUCUGUAGCAGCUGGGAAGAGAUCCGGGCAGUUGCAGCCAAGUUAGCUGGUGAGAGAUGAUACCCAGUGUGCCUUUUGGUAUUCCCAUUGAGGGAGACAGGAAAAAAAUCCCACUGUGCAGCACUGAGCUGCUAUUAAUCUCUCUGUGCCUCAGCUUCCCAUACAUAAAUGGGGAUGUUAA